GCAGGGACAUCAGCCCAAAACGCCGCAGUCCCUACUAGCGUUCAAUACAGCGGUCCCAUGGUGGAUAAGCGGGCGGCCACGCUGCCGUCCAAGUACGACGGGAAGGCAGACGUCACCUCUUGGAUUAGUUCCAUGAGGUCGUACUUCGAGGUCAUGCGGACACCGCAAGAGGACCGAAGUAUGAUCAUGAGGACUAAUACUGAGCUCGCCGUACGAAACCACAUUGAGCUCCAAGCUGUCGCAGCAGGCUGUGAAUGCAUAGACCUGACUGAUUGGCUGAAGGUCACCCCUGUCCGCGCCCUUGAGGAUCUUCUCCUUGACCGGUACCUAGAUAAACAUGUUGCGCUUAAGGCUAGGCUGAAGCUUGAGGCCCUCAAGGGACAAACAUGGAGGUCAUCCAUGCAGGCUUUGGAACAACACUUGACUGGUCUGUUCACCACUCCGGAUCAAGGAAUGACUGACGUAUCUUGUAUGGAUGUAGUCAUGGGAGUGGCCCCUAAAGAAUACCUCUCCCUGCUAGCACUCAAGGACCAUGCCACUUGGCGAGAGCUCAUGAAGGACCUAGUCGACCUAGAGGCCAAGGACCUCGCCAGGCGCAAGAAGGCGCCCGCUGCAGGUGGGAAACCACAACGCAAGCGGUUUGGAAGCAGCAACCAGCUUGCACUGCAUGAUCAUCGGGAGGCUGACGAUCAGUCCUAUGCGGAUGAUCUGUCUCUAGAUGACGAUCUAGAGCCGGACUCCGAUACGGGCUGUUCCACAUCAGCCAUUGAGUGUGAUAGAAAUGAUGAUGAGAAACUUAAUGCGUUCAGAAAGACUGCUUCAAAUAAGGGGCCUUACCGUGGUUCAGGUGUGCGCAUCACCUUUGACAAAGACCGCAUUGUCACACAUGAGCUGAAUUUCUCUGUCCUGGAUAAGUGUCCUUUCGACGCGGUCAUUGGCUUGGGCUGGCUAAAGGCUCAUUGCCUAAGGACCACGUGGGCAGACAAUCAGUUCGUGGUACUUGAUGCCAAGGGGAACGAGCGUACCAUCUUAUUAGAUGAGACGCGCAAGUCCCCUAUGACUCUUCCAAGUGCUAACAAAUUCUGCAAGUUUGUGGUUGUGUACCUUGAUGAUAUCUUGAUUUUCAGCAAAACCAUGGAGGAGCACCUCAAGCACCUUGAGGAAGUUUUGCGGGUUCUCAAGGAGGCGCAACUGCACCUCAACUUGGAGAAAUCUGAGUUUGGGAGGGACAGCGUCAUCUAUCUUGGGCAUCGGUUGUCUGCAAACGGCCUUGAUCCGGAGGCAACCAAGGUUGAGGUCAUCCGAAAUUGGCCUCAACCGGCAAACGUACGCGAACUGUGUUCUUUCCUUGGUCUGGCCUCAUAUUACCAGAAGUUUGUGCCCAAAUUCUCUGUCAUUGCUCACCCUCUCUCAAGACUAACCAGCAAGAAUGUUGCUUAUGCAUGGUGUGAGAAGUGUGAGACUGCGUUCCAAGCCUUGAAAGAGGCAUUGGUGAGUCAUCCUGUGCUUCGCAUUGCCAAUCCCAACCUCACUUUCGUAGUCACUACGGAUGCAAGCCAGUUCGGGAUUGGUGCUGUGCUGCAGCAAGAUGAUGGUGAUGGCAUGCGUCCGCUCGAGUACUACAGCAAACGCAUGCCCAGCCAUAAGGUCCACAAGCAUAAGCCUUAUGGCCUACUGAGACCUCUCCCCAUUCCUGAUGGACCCGGUGAAUCGAUUUCCAUCGACUUCACGGACAUGAGAAAGGUGAGCGAGGCUGGGAAUUCACAAGUCAUGGUCAUUGUGGACCGCUUCUCCAAAUUUCUGAACUUGAUUCCUCUCCCUCCUCACGCCCUGACUGAACUUGUCAUAGAAGAAUCCCAUCAGCAGUACAUUUUGCAGUCCGACGUCCCGAAAACUAUUGUGAGUGAUCGGGACACCAGAUUCAUCAGCAAAGAUUGGAAAGACUUCACAUCUCAGAUCUACGACAUCAAACUGAACAGGACUCCCGGUCGACACCCCGAAGCCAACGGAUUGGCUGAGGAGAUAAACCAGACUGUCAUCCAAUUGCUUCGCGCACUAAUUGUUCCAGAUCAGAACACGUGGGACAAGGAAUUGCACAAAGUGAAGGGGCUGUACAACAACUCCAUUCACUCUAUGACUGGUGUGACACCAAACCAAUCGCAGUAUGGAUGGCCGAUGCGUAAUCCCCUCUCCUAUCUGUUCCCCGAACGGUUACCUGGUCUGAUGCCCGGCAUGCCUGGCUACAAUGCCAAGUACGCAUGCUUGCUCAAAGCUGCUACAACAGCUAUGAACAAGCGCCAGCAUGCCAUGAUCAAACAUGCCAAUAAGCUGCGCAAAGAAGAAAAAUUCAAAAGAAAGAGGAGAGGAGGAAGGGAGAGGAGAAAAGAGGACAAGAAAGAAGUAGGAGUGAUCAGAGGAGGAGUGGAGUCGCUCACGUCAGAUGAUGAUGACGAUGAUGAUGAUGAUGAUGAUGAUGAUGAUGACGACGUGAAGAUGACUAUGCUGAUGUCGUCUAUGAUGAUGAUAAUGUUGAAGAUGAAGUUAAUGAAGAUUACCAUUGUUGUCGCACGUCCCCUCUACGAAGCAGCAUUACAAACUGAUGAUGAUGAUGAUGAUGAUGAUGAUGAUGAUGAUGAUGAUGAUGUCGGUGAUGAUGGUGAUGAUGAUGAUGAUGAUGAUGAUGAUGAUGAUGAUAACAACGCACAUCGCCCUGUGCUAACUCAAGAUGAUGAUGAUGAUGAUGACUUGAAUCAGAUGAUGAUGAUAAGGAUGAUGAUGGUUGACCCAUGCCCUGUUGAUGAUGAUGAUGAUGAUGAUGAUGAUGAUGAUGAUGAUGAUGACAAUGAGCAACCCCCUGAUGCUGAUGCCUAUCAUUUGUAACCCGUUGCUGCUGAUAAAAGACCUCUCCCUGUUGCUUGAUCGUGCUGCUUGUAUGGCGUGAAGACGAAGACAAUCUGUCGUUGAUGAAAACGAGCUAAGAACCCCAGUCCCUCCACUCCUUAUCCCCCUCCACUCCUCCUCCCAUCCCGUGGGACACACUGCUCUUCUCCCUCUUGCUACAAGCCGACCUUCUCCACCAAAUUAUGCAAGAUGAAGAGCACAAAUGAUUCCUCCUCAAGCAAGACCUAAUAAAAAGCCUUACCCCAC